UCAAAUUCAAAACAGCAAAAGUAAGACCAAGUCUAUCUGCCCCUCUCACUGUUAUUAUAUAGAGUUUGAUGAAGAUUAGGUUUUGAUGACAGGUUUGUCCCCUUGACCUCACAACUUCUUCUAGGCUCCAAAGACCAUUCUUUGCAAAGACCCAAGAAUUUUCAUUGCAUUUGUGAACAUAAGACCACCAAUUCUCUUGGGUUUCUUUACUUUCCUUUCUCUUGAUCAUCUCUCUGCCUCUCGCUUUGUUUCUUUUUUUUUUUUUUUUCCUUUGAAGGUUGAAAAUUUAACUAAAAAGGAGUGUGAAAUGUUGGAUUAUUACGAGCAGCUUGCUGCUAGUCCUUACAAUGAUUCUCUUAAGGUUCUUGAGGCUGAUAUUCAGCAUGCCAAUAUGCUGGCAGCUUCCAUCCCCAGACGCAAGAGUGGUACGGUUCUUCAAAUGAAAUUGGUUUACAAUCACUUGGCACCCAUUUUCCUGUUUUUGCUUCAAUGGAUUGAUUGCUCCUCUUCAUGUUUACUUUCAAGUUACUUAAAUCUUUUCCACAUAAUUGUAUAUAAGGUGCGCACAGAUGGGAGGUCAAAUAUCUCUUCAUGUGGAAGGAAAGCUACCAUCAGCGAAUUCUACAAUGUUAUAUUACCAUCCCUUCAGCGUCUCCAUGGUGAUUCAUUGGAGAUGGAUAUCACCCAAGAGGAAGCUCUAGAGAUGGCUGUUAGGAAGAGAUAUGAGGAUAAGAUAAAGCUUUCAGAUGUAGACUUGGAGAGAGAAAAUGAGUGUGGCAUCUGCUUGGAGCCUUGUACCAAAAUGGUUUUGCCAAACUGUUGCCAUGCCAUGUGCAUUAAUUGCUACCGCGAUUGGAACACAAGAUCGGAAUCUUGCCCGUUCUGCCGGGGAAGUAUAAAGAGAGUGAAUUCAGGGGACUUGUGGGUUCUGACCUGCGGCAGUAAUGUACAUGUUUUGUGUGAGAGAUAAAAA